AGAAGCGAGUUUUAGAGCAGAGCCAGAGUGUGGAUGGUAAAUUUCACCUCGUCGUCUGCCCAAAAUUGGAUUAUUCUGUGCAAAAUUGUGCUUAAAAGUGUGUAAUUUCGAGUUGUGGCUGUAGUAAAAAAAAUCUAUUGUGUGAAUAUCGUAGUGUUUAAUCGUGAAGACUUGUAUCCUGGAUCGGAAUUCGAGCGUCGUUAGACACUAGAAAGCGGCGAAGAAUUAUGAGUAAUUUAAAAUCUGCCGGCGUUCCGCGAUUCCCUUUCCCGGCAGUCGCCGCGAAUCCAGCGGCUCGCAUUAAUUGUGGCUUUUGUUGUUAUUAUUAAAUGAGUGUGUAAUAAAAAUCGAAACUAAACGAGAUGCCAACCGGCGAUGCCUCUCGUCGUCGUGCCCGUGGCAGCGCAGUGUGAUUGAGGCGAAAAGAGUGUGUGUGUGUGUGUGGGAGUCCGGUUUCAAAGUCCGGCGCUCGGCAGUGUCCGAGGGGGCGCCCAGGGAAGUGAAUCCAAUUAUUAUUGAACAGAAGAAGAGAAUCAAACUCGAAACUUGUUGCGAAUCGGCCGCAAACCGACCGCGAGUCAUCACUGUGCAAGUGAAAGUGCGCGAAGAAUAAAAAAAAAACGAAACGAAACGAUCGGCGAACGGUCGGAACAGGUUGGAACCAGAGCGGCGGUGGCCAUGGACGGCGUUCGGGCGUUGGACAUUCUGCCGCUGCUGCAGGAACGCUUCGCGCUGCUGUCCGGUGGCCGGGAUAACCGCGGCGGACCGAUCAUCUGUUUCCCGGCCACCACCAAGCGCGAACGGGUCAAGCCCGAGGACAUCAAGCGGGUGGUCAGCUACCUCAUCGGGAUACCGAGCGAUGAAAGCAAAAGCCAUGGCUUCACCAUCGUCAUCGACAUGCGCGGCAACAGCAACACGGCGGCGAGCGCGAAGAUGAUCCUGAAGGUGCUGCAGGAGAGUUUCGGCCAGGACCACAUACACCAGGCGGUGAUCAUCAAGCCGGACAACUUUUGGCAGAAGCAACGGUCGGCGAUCGCGAGCAGCAAGUACAAGUUCGAGACGACCACGGUUUCGAUCAAUCUGCUGAGUAAAGUGGUCGAACCGUCGCAGCUGACGUCCGACUUUGAUGGGUUCCUGCAUUACGAUCACAACCUGUGGAUCGAUCUGCGGGUGGCGUUCGAAGAUUUUCUAUGGCAGGCAAGUGACAUUCUGGACCGGAUCGAUGAUCUGCAGGAGGACUUGCAGCACUCGGACUUUCCGGAGGACGUCAACAGUGCCAAGCACAGCAGCGAAGCCCACAACGAAAUGAAGAGGAAGGUUUUGAAGCUGCCGAUCGAGGAUCUGGAUCUGCAGGGUCAAAAGCUGCUGGGGAAGUUUACCUCGUACUCGAAUCGGAACGACGAAAGUUGCCACUCGACGUCGUCGCCCUCCAAGUGUCACAAUCCGGAUAUUUCUUCCGCGCUGAACCAGGUUCUUCAGCAGCUCGAAACGGUGAGGAAUGCCCAGCAGCAGCUGUUGAACAUGUGGCAGCACAAGAAGACCACGCUGGACCAGUGCUUCCAGCUGCGUCUGUUUGAGCAGGACUGCGAGAAGAUGUUCGACUGGAUCCUGCACAACCGGGACGUGUUCCAGGAGACGUACGUGGAGAUUGGCCACAACUACGCGCUGGCCAAGAACCUGCAGGAGGAGCACCAGCGCUUCGCCAUGACAUCGCGCAACGUGAGCUUCAACAUCAACCGGAUAUUGGCCGUGGCAGGGAAGUUGAUCGAGAGCAGUCACUACGCGGCGCAGCACAUCCGCACGUUGGCCACGCGGCUGGACAAGACGUGGAAGGACUUUGUGACGACACUGGACGAGCGGACGGCGGUGCUCUCGCUGUCGGUGGUGUUUCAUCACAAGGCGGAACAGUACACGGAGAGCGUGAGCAGCUGGGCGGCGGCCUGCGAAGCGACCAUUCCAACGCCGACGAACGUGGAGAGUCUGGAGACGGCCAUCCGGACGCACCAGUCGCUGUACGAGGCGAUGUGCCAGGCGUACACGGAGGUGCACUCGACCAGCAAGAAGCUGCUGUACCAGCUGGAUCACCUGGUGCAGGUCUGCAAUCAGCCGCCGGCUGUCAACACGAGGAAGAAUGACAACUCUCACUUCAAUGGUGGCAAUCCGGCGGCUGACUACAGUGAAGGUGCGUCCCACGUACUGGCCGUAAUCCACCAAAUCCUUGGCCACCAUCGGGCCCUCGAAAGCAAGUGGCACGCGGGAAAGCUGCGACUACACCAGAAGCUUGCGCUGCGCCUCUUCCAGGAGGACGUGAAGCAGGUGCUGGAUUGGCUGCAGAACCACGGCGAUGUGUUUCUGCGGAAGAACCGCGGCAUUGGGCGAAGUUUGCAAAAGGCGCAAAUCUACCAGACCAGUCACGAGCAUUUUGAGAACGUAGCGCAAAAUACGUACCGGAACGCGGAGAAGCUUCUGGCGGCGGCAGAAGAGCUGGCACGGUCCGGGGAGGUUGCGCCGCAGGAAAUCUUUUCGGUUGUGCGGGAACUGGAGACGAAUGUGGCGUCUUUUGCGGAGCGCGUUGAACAGCGGAGGAGGAGACUGGAUCUGGCUGUGUUAUUUUACACUCACGAAAAGGAGAUUUCCGCCUGGUUGGAACAACUUCAUACCGAAAUGGCCAACGAGGAGUCGAUGGAUCUAGCCAAUGAGCAUUUGGACGGGACCGAGCGGAUGCUGGAGCAGUGCAAAGAGCAAGAGGAGAACACCCUGAAGACGUGCAUUCAAGCUAUCGCGCAAGGUGAGGCCCUCCUGCAAGAACUGCGGGCAAUCGAGGAGGAAGAUUCGUCGGGAUCGCUGACUGCGGUGCAGAAUGCUUUGGAGCGGAUUCAAAAAAAUCGGCUAGACCUCGAAAAUCUGUGGCAGCAGAGAAAGAUGAAGAUCGACAUGUAUUUGCGACUGCGGAUGUUCGAGCGAGACGCGCUGGAAGUGUGCUCCCAGCUGGAAAUGUGGGCCGAGGAGCUGCAGCAUACGGAUGUUUCGCGGGACUUUCAGAAGACCGAACAAGUCCUACGGUUGCACAACGAGUCGGUUAGUCAGAUGCAGACCACGACCUAUCAGAUGAUCAACACCGGCCAAGAGUUGAUGCAACUGUUUGAAUCGUCAGGCGUGCUAAUCAUGGCCGAUCCUCACACGACGGCGCAAACCCGCGUCCAGUAUCUGCUAGAGUUUCUGCACGAUCGGGAGCUGGACCUGGAAGAUAUGGCCGAGUCCAAACGAAUCAAGCUGGAACAAUCCAUGCAGUUGUGCCACUUUCAGAACGACGCCAAUCAGGUCAUUUCGUGGAUCCGCAACGGCGAGGCGAUGUUGAUGGCGAACUUUUCCAUUCCAAACAGCUACCAGGAGGCUGAACAACUCCGCAAAGAGCACGAACAGUUCCAGGUGGCAAUCGAGCGAACGCACACCUCGGCGGUUCAGGUCAAGUAUCGUGCCGAUGCACUCAUGAACGCCAACCACUACGACCCGCAGAGCAUAAAGGACAUUGCCGACGAGGUGACCAAGAAGUGGCAAAAGCUAGUCACGUGCGCCGAGGAGCGGCACAAGCUGGUGACGGCGUCGUUGAACUUUUUCAAAACGGCCGAGCAAGUGUGCAGCGUGCUGGACAGUUUGGAGAAGGAGUACCGCCGCGAGGAGGACUGGUGUGGCGGCGGUGGAUCCAGCGACAAGGGCCAGCAGAUUGUGCAGCUAAUUUCCAAGCACCAGGAGCAGAAGGAGGCCUUCCUGAAGGCUUGCACGUUGGCGCGAAGGACGGCGGAAACAUUCCUCAAGUAUGCGGCACGUUCGCUGCAGUUUUAUCACAUAAAAACGACUGUGAAUAGCGAAUCUCGGGUAAAAUCGAUCUUGGAUAAGCUGCUGACGCAGGAAACUCAGGUGCUCGAAUAUUGGACGCAGCGGAAGAAGCGGCUGGAUCAGUGCCAGCAGUUUGUUUUGUUUGAGAGAUCGGCGAAACAGGCGAUCGAGUGGAUCCAUGACACGGGAGAGGCGUACUUGUCCUCCCGGAACAAUAAACUGUGCAGCAGCCGAGAGGAGACUGAAGUUCUACUGAAGGAACACAAUGAGUUCAAGGGAACUGCUAAAGAGACGCGUGAACGGGUGAAGCUGCUGAUACAAUUGGCAGACUCCCUGGUGGAGAAGGGCCACCAUGCCCACGCAAGUUCCAUCAAGCAGUGGGUGGCGACCGUCGAUAAUCGCUACAAGGACUUUAGCAGCCGGAUGGAACUCUACCGGGCUAAUCUGGAGAAAUCGUUGGGCCUACCUGGAAUACAGCAACAGGACGACAAUAAUAGUAGUAGUAGUAUUAAUAGUAGUAACAGUAGCCUUAACUGCAAAUCCAUAUCCUCCUCCACGACGUCGGUGUCGACCUCGUCCACGAGUGGCAUCUCGUCGGCGUCCUCCACCACAGCCAACGCGUCCGUGCUCGAAUAUCGCCAUUCCGAUCCGUCGCUGGAAACAAAGCUGAACGCAGCAGCUGCCGGACCAGGCGGAGUCGGAGUGCCCAAAGAAAUGAACGAAGAAAAGCGCAAAUCUGCCCGCAAAAAAGAAUUCAUCAUGGCGGAACUACUUCAAACUGAACGCACCUACGUGAAGGACCUCGAAACGUGCAUCAACGUGUUUGUGAGUGAGCUCAAGAGUGGCGUCAACGUACCAACCAACCUCGUUGGUAAAGAGCACAUUCUCUUCAGCAAUAUCGAAGACAUCUUCGCGUUUCACGAGAAAAUCUUUCUCCGCGAGCUGGAAAAGUACGAAACCAUGCCCGAAGACGUUGGUCACUGUUUCGUGACGUGGGCGGCCAAAUUCGACAUGUACGUGUUCUACUGUCAGAACAAACCCCAAUCGAACGACUACAUGGUUCAGUUCGGUGGAACCUACUUCGAAGAAGUACAACGCAAACACAAACUAGAACACUCGUUGCCGGCGUUCCUCAUCAAGCCGGUGCAGCGAAUAACCAAGUACCAGCUGCUCCUAAAAGACCUUCAAUCCUGCUGCGACGAGGGCCAGGGCGAAAUCAAGGACGGUCUCGAAGUGAUGCUGAACGUCCCCAAAAAAGCCAACGACGUAAUGCACCUCUCACUGCUCGAAGGCUGCGACGUUCCGAUCGACACCCUCGGCGACGUAGUUCUGCAGGACUCGUUCCUCGUGUGGGACAACAAGCAGAUUCUCAUCAAGAAAGGUCGCGAACGACAUGUCUUCCUGUUCGAACUGUACAUUCUGUUCUCCAAAGAGGUCAAAGACACCAACGGAACGGUCAAGUACAUCUACAAGAGCAAGCUGCUCACGUCAGAUUUCGGCGUCACCGAGCACAUCGAGGGCGACGAGUGCAAGUUUGCGAUCUGGACGGGCCGGGCACCGAUGCUGUCCGACUACCGGAUCGUGCUGCGCGCAAACAGCCUCGAGACGAAGCAGAUGUGGGUGAAGCGGUUGCGGGAGGUCAUCCAGGAGACGUACUUCUCCGGGACGUCCUUCUCGCUGCUCAAGUCGCCGGCGAAGGUGGGCGCAAAGCAGCUGGGCCAGCGGCUUUCCAAGGACAUUGACGACACGCUGAACGAUAACGACCAGGACGGUAGCUCGCUAGCGAGCUUCGGGUCCGGCAACACUACGGACAGUGAGAAGGUAAGUGGAACGGGUUUGGGAUGGAUUUUUGGCUGAUGUGCGUUCCAUUUGGCAAAGAGUACCUGCCAGUAAUUGUUAGGUUCGGACUUAUUUUACUUAUUUUGAACCGUCCUCUUACCUCCAUAGA